AGGUUCAGCUGUCAAUCACAUGGGUCCAAUAUGGACGACCUGGUAAUGCAGCAAAGCCCGUGUUAGGACUGGAGGGGGCCAGAAUAGAAACAAGAAAAACUUGCAAGUUUUGGUGCGGUUGCAGCCAGGAGAGAAAACGUAAAUAUGCCUACUCCGUAUUUUACACUGGAUGCCCAACUGAGGUUCCAUGACAAAUGGCUGAAGAUAGACUUGCAGCGAGUGUUCUCUCCAGAAGGGCUGAGUGAGAUGUGGAAUGAGAUGGUGAAGGAUGAAGAGAUCACUUUCAAUGGAGAAGAAUCGGCUCACCCAGAAGACUGCACUGAUUGCUUCGGUACUCAGAAGAAGGAAGAAUCCAACGAUAAAGAGAAGAAGGAAGAGGAGGAAGUGUCGACAUCUGUUCAUCACUCUAUCAUCGAGACAUGGGACUGGGGGCGGCAGCCAGAUGAGACGGAGCUGAAGGACUGUCUGAUGGUGCUGGUAGAUGACCAACAGAAGCUAUCGGCUCAGAUGGCUAAGAGCACGCUGUCUGCCCUGCGUCUACGCCAGCGCCUGGUCAUCCUAGAGAGAUACCUCAUAUCCCUGAGCCACAGUAUGAUGGAAGCGAAGUACAAGGUCCGGUGGAAGAGCCCCCCCAGCCCCCCUCCACCCAUCGUAGACAACAAGAGUCCCCGGCCAGCCAGCAAGGGUGUGGAGGGUCUGGCCAGAGUCGGCUCCAGAGCAGCUCUCUCCUUCGCCUUUGCCUUCCUACGACGAGCCUGGAGGUCUGGUGACGACGCGGACCUGUGCAGUGAGCUGCUCCAGGAGUCCCUGGACGCUCUGCGGGCCCUCCCAGAAGCCACUCUGUUUGACGAGGGCACCGUGUCGUCGGUCUGGCUGGAGGUCGUGGAGAGAGCCACUAAGUUCCUCAGUGACGUCCAUGGAAGUGGCAGUACCAAAGGCAGCAUCCCACUACAGGACCAACACCUGGCCUUGGCCAUCCUGCUGGAGCUGGCAGUACAGAGGGGCACUCUGAGCCAGCUGCUGUCUGCCGUGCUACUACUGCUGCGUCUGUGGGACAGUGGGACCAGGGAGAUGGACAAUGAGCGCUCCACCCAGGGGACCAGCGCCCCCCUCCUCCCUCUCCUACAACGCUUUCACAACAUCCACAGCACCAAGGAGGAGCCCAGCACCGACGAGGAGAUGGAGAUCCUGGGGGCCCCUCUGAGUCCCAAUGAGAGUUUCCUGCGCUACCUGACGCUGCCCCAGGACAAUGACUUGGCUAUCGACCUGAGACAGACAGCUGUGGUCAUCAUGGCUCACCUGGACCGCCUGGCCGCCCCCUGCUCCCCCUCGCACUGCAGCUCCCCUACCUCCCACAAGGGCACUCUGCAGGAGGUGAUUGGCUGGGGGUUGCUAGGCUGGAAGCUGUACGCCAACGUGAACGGUCCUGUGCAGUGCAAGGCCCUGUCAGGCCUGGGGGUUUCCCAGAUAGUCUGUUCCGAGAAGGGCUUCCUCAUCCUGGCCAGCAGCGGAGCCGUCUACACACAGAACUACAAGAGCACCACACUGGCUCCCAUGCUGGUCCAUGCCCUGACCUCCAGGAAGAUGGUGAAGCUGGCAGCUCAUCCGGACGGACAGCACUACCUGGCCCUGUCGGCCAACGGAGAGGUCUUCUCCUGGGGCUGUGGAGACGGGGGCCGCCUGGGCCAUGGAGACACCACGUAUCUGGAGGAGCCAGCAGUGAUCACAGCGUUCACAGGGAAGCAGACAGGGAAGAAUGUGGUGCAGGUAGCCUGUGGGAGCACCUACAGCGCUGCUAUCACAGCUGAUGGAGAGCUGUACACCUGGGGCAGGGGUAACUACGGACGGCUGGGACACGGGUCCAGUGAAGACCAGACUAUUCCCAUGCUGGUGACCGCUCUAAAGGGACUGAAGGUGCUGGAUGUGGCCUGUGGCAGUGGAGACGCACAGACCCUGGCUGUCACAGAGAACGGCCAGGUGUGGUCGUGGGGGGAUGGGGACUAUGGGAAGCUGGGUCGUGGAGGCAGCGACGGCUGUAAGACCCCGAAGCUGGUGGAGAAGCUUCAGGACCUGGAUAUAGUGAAGGUGUGCUGUGGGAGUCAGUUCUCUGUAGCACAGACCAAGGAUGGUCAGGUGUACACCUGGGGGAAAGGAGACAACCAGCGCCUCGGCCACGGCACCGAGGAACAUGUCCGCUACCCCAAACUGCUGGACAGUCUACAAGGGAAGAAAGUGGUGGACAUCGCGGUCGGCUCCACUCACUGUCUGGCGCUGACUGAUGAAGGAGAGGUCCACAGCUGGGGCAGCAACGACAAGCUACAGCACUUUGAUACUUUGUUCUCCAACAAGAAGCAGCCCAAGGCUCUGCCAGGCCUCAACUCCAAACACAUAGUGGGCAUCUCCUGUGGGCCAGGACAGAGCUUUGCGUGGUCGUCCUGUUCAGAGUGGUCUGUGGGGCAGCGCGUGCCCUUCGUAGUGGACGUGUGCCCUGUGACCUUUGAGCAGCUGGAUCUGCUCUUGCGGCAGGUGAGCGAGGGCAUGGACGGCUCUUCUGAUUGGCCCCCGCCGCAGGAGAAGGAGUGCAUGGUGGUUGCCUCCCUUAACCUGCUCAGGCUACAGCUCCAUGCAGCCAUCAGUAACCAGAUGGACCCUGAGGAGUUGGGUCUGGGCCUGGGCAGUGGGCUGCUCAACAACCUGAAGCAGACCGUGGUGACGCUAGCCUCCAACGCCGGAGUCCUCAACACCGUCCAGGCAGCUGCCCAGGCCGUGCUACAGAGUGGUUGGUCAGUGCUGCUCCCUACUGCAGAGGAGAGGGCCAGGGCUCUGUCCUCACUACUGCCCAACACAGCAUCUGGUAACGAGAUGAGCGUUAGUCCUGGACGUCGCUUCAUGAUCGACCUGUUGGUCAGCAGUCUGAUGGCGGACGGAGGGCUGGAGUCUGCUCUCAAUGCUGCCAUCACAGCUGAGCUACAGGACAUAGAGGCAAAGAAGGAGGCCCAGAAAGAGAAGGAGGUCGAUGAGCAGGAGGCCAAUGCCUCCACCAUGCUGCGCUGCCGCACCACCCUGGACAAAGACCUCAUCAACACCGGGAUAUACGAGUCUACUGGGAAGCAGAGCCUUCCUCUGGUCCAGCUCGUACAGCAGCUACUGAGGAACAUCGCCUCUCAGACCAUCGUUAGACUGAAGGACGUGGCCCGGAGGAUAUCCAGCGGGGUCGACACGGAGCACGUCAGUAAAGAACGCUCGGCCUCCCUCGACUUGUUGUUGCGCUUCCAGAGGCUGCUGGUCAGUAAACUCUACCUGGGGGUCAACGGCACCGAAAACACCAACGGAUACAAUCCAGAGCUGCUGGGUGUGGGGUCCCUGUUGAAGAAGUACAUCGCCCUGCUGUGUACUCACAUUGGAGACAUCCUCCCUGUGGCUACCAGCAUAGCCUUCACCGGACACAGACACUUCAAUGAAGUGUCUCGGGUCAUCGAGGGUGACCUCACUGGUGUUCUCCUCCCUGAGCUGGUGGUGUCCAUCGUGUUGCUACUGACCAUGGACCCCGGCCUGAUGCAGGAGACCGGCUCCAUCCCUCUGCUGACUGGGCUGCUGGAGCACCUGGACCGCUUCAACCAUCUGGCGCCUGGACACGAGAGGGACGACAACGAAGACCUGGCCUGGCCCGGCAUCAUGGGCUCGUUCUUCACAGGACAGAGCUCGAAGAACAAUGAGGAGAUGUCUCUGAUCCGCAAGGCCGACCUGGAGAACCACAACAAAGAUGGCGGCUUCUGGACCGUCGUGGACGGGAAAGUCUACGACAUCAAAGACUUCCAGGCCCAGUCGCUCACUGGGAACAGCAUUCUGGCCCAGUUUACAGGAGAAGACCCUGUUGUUACGUUGGAAGCAGCCCUGCAGUUUGAGAACACCAGGGUGUCUAUGCAGGCUUUCUGUGUUGGACAGUACAUAGAGCCCAACCAGGAGACAGUGACCACCCCAGACCUGAGCAGCCUGUGCUCCCCCCUCAUCGACACAGAGAGGAACCUGGGACUCCUGCUGGGCCUCCACGCCUCUUACCUGGCCAACAGCACCCCCCUGUCACCCAUGGAGAUAGAAUGUGCCAAAUGGCUCCAGUCGUCCAUCUUCCAAGGUGGUCUGCAGACCAGUCAGAUCCACUACAACUACAACGAGGAGAAGGAUGAGGACCACUGCUGGUUGCCGGGAACACCAGAUAAGAUGUACUCCCGCUGGCUCACCCUCAGCGACCACGCCCAGCCCUUCUUACAGGCUAUCGCUGACAACACCACUCAGGACCACACUGUGAAGGACUUCCUGUGCCAAAUGGAGCGAUGCUGUAAACAGUACCACCUCAUCACGCCCAUCACCUUCCCCCUGGAGCACCCUGUGGAGGAAGUAGGCCGUCUGCUUCUCUGCUGCCUGCUCAAACACCAGGACCUCGGUCACAUCGCCCUUUCCCUCGUCAACCAAUGUGCCUUGGGCGUGGAACAGGGGAAGCAGAGGUCCCUCCCCAGAUCUGUGAUUGACGUGUGUCGCAUGGUGUACCAGGCUAAGUGCUCUUUAAUCAAGACCCACCAGGAGCAGGGUCGUAGUUAUAAGGAGGUCUGUGCUCCUGUCAUCGAGAGGUUGCGCUUCCUGUUCAACGAACUGCGCCCUGCCGUGAGCAGCGACCUCUCCAUCGUGUCCAAGCUGAAGCUGCUCAGCGCCCAGCCGCGCUGGAAAAGGAUCACACAGAAGCUCAUCAGAGACUGCAGGAAGAAGAAGAGAGUGCCUAAGAAGUCUGAGUCGGCAGAGGUAGUAGAGGAGCCGAAACUAGAGAAUGAAGGGACCAAUGAGGAGGAGCUCUGUGUCCCCAUAAGCCCCGCCCCCGCAGACAGAAAACCACCCACCAACAAGACACCCAAGGUGCCUCUCUCUCCUCUCCUCAACACGGUCGCUCACGUCCAGAAGCCUAAGUGGCUGAAGCACAGUGUCCAGGGAGUCUUCUCUACCUCCAGCCUCAUGGGGACCAUCUCCUUCCUCUCUCUACACUCUCUCUCUUCUGAGGAAGUGUUUCUCAAACAGUGUCUUCUCAAACAGUUGGAGCGUGCUGAGGUUCGGCUGGAGGGCAUUGACACCAUGCUGAAGCUGGCCUCUAAGAGCUUCUUGCUGCCCUCUGUCCAGUAUGCCAUGCUGUGUGGCUGGCAGAGGGUCAUACCCGAGGGGACCAACAUCGGGGAGCCGCUGUCUGACUGUCUGAAAGACGUUGGUCUGAUCCCUGGUCCAUCCAGAACCUUCAACCGCAUGCUGUUAGAGGUCACAUGGCUUCUACUAACACGGCUCCGUAGCCUCUACUCCUGGUCCAUCCAGAACCUACGUACCAUCCUCCACGCUGGAGGCCCACGUAGCGGAGGCUACACACGCUUUAAUCAACUGGGUGUACAGCCCGUCCCUCUCCAGACCAUUACCAAUGAGAACCCGGCCGGCCCCAGUCUGGGCACCAUCCCUCAGGCUCGUUUCCUUCUCUCCAUGCUCCACAUGCUGUCUCUGAAACACGGGGCCAACAGCCUCGCUCUGCUGCUUAACUCUGGAACUCUGGCUCUCACACAGAGCAUCCUCCGACUCAUAGGCCCCAGUACAGACAGCAGUGAGGAGGAGCUGGGGUCGAGAGGUCACGGGGGGUCAGCUACGGUACUGGAGGAGAGCCGAAAGGAGGCGACCCCCACUCCCCUGCCCGCCUCAGGGCCUGAACUUGCCGCCAUGAUGAAGAUCGGAACCAGGGUGAUGAGAGGACUGGACUGGAAGUGGGGAGAUCAGGACGGUCCUGCGCCGGGUCUGGGCCGGGUGAUAGGGGAGCUGGGUGAGGAUGGGUGGAUUAGGGUCCAAUGGGAUACCAGCAGUACCAACUCCUACAGGAUGGGGAAGGAAGGAAAAUACGACCUGAAACUGUCAGAGCCACCGCCUGCCUCCCAGCCUGCUACUGAAGACUCUGACACCGAGGAUGACACUGAAGGAGAGGUGCUGGAUAAGAGUGCCCACCCUACAGCCAUGUUGUUAACCAGCACAGUGAACCUGUUGAAGACCCUGUCUCUGUCUGCUGGGAUCUACUCCGAGGUGAUGCAGACAGACGCCACACGGACCCUCUGUGGUCUUCUCCGCAUGCUGGUGGAGAGUGGAGCCAACGAUAAGACCGGUUGUCCAUCUCACCGGCUGGUGUCCAGGGAGCAGCAUCGUAGCUGGUGUACUCUGGGUUUCAUCCGCAGCGUGGCCCUCCAGCCUCAGAUGUGUUCUUCUCUCAGUACUUCGGCCUGGAUCGGUCUGCUGAUCCGCAUUGUAGAGGGACAACAGUCCUGUAAUGCUGUUACUCUGCAGAGACAGAUCCUGGCUCUGCGUCUGCUGCAGGCCGUGCUCCCCUCCUGGGACAAGAUGGAGAGAUCUCAGGACAUGAAGUUCCUGGUGGAAAAACUCUUUGGAUUCCUGGGGUGUCUACUACGCUCCUGCUCUUCUGACCUGCCCCUGCUCAGAGAGGGCUCUCUGAGACGCAGGAAGUCCCGACCCCAGGCCUCUCUGACAGCCAGUCACAGCAGUACUCUGGCUGAGGAGAUAGUUGCUGUGCUGCGCACGCUGCACUCCCUGGGCCAAUGGAACGCUCUGCUCAACGACUAUAUCAACUGUCAACUCAGCUGUAUAGGAGAUGUGAUGGCCGGACGACACUCUGACACGACUCUCCUGGAGGAGUACUUUCCUGACUCGGAGGGCCCCAGGGUGGGUAGUCUGAUGGCCGUGCUGGCUGUGAUCGGGGGCAUCGACGGGAGGCUGAGGUUGGGUGGACAGGUCAUCCAUGAGGAGUAUGGAGAGGGAACGGUCACACGCAUCACACCUAAAGGACGAAUCACAGUGCAGUUUCAUGAGAUGAGGACAUGUCGGGUCUGCCUGCUCAGCCAACUCAAACCACUACCAGUAGUAUCGUUCAGUGUUCAGAACCUUCCCUUCUCCGACUCCAUGCUGGUUGUCUGGGCUCAACUGGUCAACCUGGCCGGUAGCAAGCUGGAGAAACACCGCCUGAAGAAGUCUCUCAGCCGCGGACUCACAGCUGACCAGGUCGAUGUCGGCCUCUUGCGGUGCCAACAGCUGAGACUGUACAUCCUGAAGGCAGCCAGGACCCUCCUCUCACACCAGGACAAACUACGACAGAUCCUCUCACAGGCUGCCGUGCUGGAUCUCCCACCCAACCCCGGUGAGGAGCCUACUGCUGCGUCUCCAGACAUGGGUGACCUGUCUCCUGAGGGUCCCCUGCCUCCCCUUAUCCUCCUCCAGCAGCUCCUUUCUGCAGCCACACAGCCCUCACCUAUCAAGGCCAUCUUCAACAGGCAGGAACUGGAGACUGCAGCCCUAGCAGUGUGUCAACUGCAGCCCCAGCAGUGUGUGGAGUCUUUAGUGGCCUGGUUGCUGGACCAUCCUGAUGUCCAGGUCACAGAGCUGUCUGAUGUUGACACCCUAUGACCUGAGGAGGAGCUGGAGGAGGAGCCGGAGGAGGAGCUGGAGGAGCAGGCUCCCACAGCCUUCCCAGUGCCUCCUGGUGCCGUGGUGACGGAGACUCAGACCUUUAAGAACCAAUCAGAUUUCCAGAGCAACGAUGACUAUGCUGUUUAUAUCAGAGAGAACAUUCAGGUGGGCAUGAUGGUGAAGUGCUGUAGAACGUAUGAGGAAGUGUACGAGGGAGACAUGGGGAAGGUAAUUAAACUGGACAGAGAUGGACUCCAUGACCUGAAUGUCCAUGACUGGCAGCAGAAAGGCGGGACCUACUGGGUCCGCUAUAUACACACUCAACUACUAGGCUUCCCACCACAGACCUCUCCAUCCCACAUUAAGAUCGGGGACAAAGUGAGGGUGAAGGCUACCGUCACGACGCCGAAGUACAAAUGGGGCUCUGUCACUCACAGGAGUGUAGGAGUGGUCAAGGCUUUCAGUGCCAAUGGGAAGGAUGUGAUUCUGGACUUCACUCAGCAGUCUCACUGGACCGGGCUGCUGUCUGAGAUGGAGCUGGUACCCAGUGUUCACCCGGGAGUCCGCUGUGAUGGCUGUCAGAUGUUCCCUGAUCUCUGGUUCAAAUGUAGACACUGUGACGACUUUGACUUCUGUGAGAGGUGUUUUAAAACACGCAACACAACACCAGGCACUCUUUUGUGUCGAGUCAACGAACCAGGCCAGUCUCCAGCGUUCUGUGGGCGCUCGGGGAAGCAGUUGAAGCGUCACCACGGCAACCAGAGGGGCAUGCUGGUAGAUGAGUGGUCCAGAGCCGUCAAAAGCCUCACCGUGUCUUCGUCUGUCAACCAGGCGUCACGCCUCAUCGACUGCAGUGAGCUCUGCUGGCAGUCCUCUGGGUCACAGGGAAAGCACUGGAUCCGUCUGGAGCUGUUACCUGAUGUCCUGGUCCACAGGCUGAAGAUGACGGUGGACCCUGCAGACAGCAGCUAUAUGCCGUCUCUGGUGGUGGUCUCAGGUGGCAGUUCCCUGAACAACCUGGUAGAGCUGAAGACGAUCAACAUCAACCCCACAGACACCUCUGUUCCUCUGCUCAACGACUGCAAUGAGUACCACAGGUACAUAGAGAUAGCCAUCAAGCAGUGCCGCAGCUCUGGUAUCGACUGUAAGAUCCACGGCCUGGGCAUCGUGGGACGGAUCAGAGCAGAGGAUGAGGAGCUGGCCACCGUGUCAUUCCUGGCUUCAGACAACGAGGAAGAGGAUGAUGAGAAGACGCCUACUGGGAGUUCGGCCCGUAAGAAGUUGUCCGGUCUGGAGUCGACUGCCACCAUCCGCACCAAGGUGUUUGUCUGGGGACUCAAUGACAAAGACCAGCUGGGAGGACUGAAGGGGUCCAAGAUCAAGGUCCCGUCCUUCUCUGAAACCCUCUCGGCCCUCAACGUGGUGCAGGUGGCCGGCGGCUCCAAGAGUCUGUUUGCCGUGACGGCCGAGGGGAAGGUUUAUUCGUGUGGGGAGGCCACUAACGGGCGUCUGGGCCUGGGUCUGUCCAGCGGUACCAUCCCUACCCCCCGCCAGAUCACUGCUCUCAGUAACUACGUAGUGAAGAAGGUUGCGGUGCAUUCUGGGGGACGCCACGCCAUGGCCCUCACCGUAGAUGGGAAGGUGUUCUCCUGGGGAGAGGGAGACGACGGGAAACUGGGACACUUCAGCAGGAUCUACAACUGGACUUUCAACACCACACAGCUACGACCAAACUACUGUGAGACACACCACACAGCUACAACUGAGACUUUCAACACCACUGAAAACUGUGACAGAGACAACGCCACGCAGCUCAUCGAAACUGGCCCUGAGAGACAACACCACAGCCUCACGAUCCGGGACAACACCACGCAGCUGCGGCUCGAGACAACACCACACAGCGCCGCCAUCACCUCCAGUGGAGAACUGUACAGCUGGGGCCUUGGGGUAGAGACCACACCACGCAGCUACGGGCACUGGGACACACCACGGCUAGACAAACUGGUAGAGACAACACCACGCAGCUACAACUGGUACACCACACAGCUACGACCCAAACUGGUACGUAGUAGAGACCACACCACACAGCUACGACCCAAACUGGUACGUAGUAGAGACCACACCACGCAGCUACGACCCAAACUGCUACCCAAACUGGUACGUAGUAGAGACAACACCACAGCCUACGCACCACGCUACGACCCAAACUGGUACGUAGUAGAGACCACACCACGCAGUUACGACAACACCACACAGCUACGACCCAAACUGGUACGUAGUAGAGACAACACCACGCAGCUACGACCCAAACUGGUACUUAGUAGAGACAACACCACACAGCUACAACUGGUACGUAGUAGAGACAACACCACGCAGCUACGACCCAAACUGGUGAAGGUGCUUCUGGGUCAUCGUGUGGUCCAGGUGGCUUGUGGGAGUAGAGAUGCUCAAACUCUAGCCCUGACAGAUGAAGGUCUGGUGUUCUCCUGGGGCGAUGGGGACUUUGGGAAGCUGGGUCGUGGAGGCAGCGAGGGUUGUAAUAUCCCUCAGAACAUUGAGAGGCUGAAUGGGCAGGGAGUCUGUCAGAUAGAGUGUGGGGCUCAGUUCUCCCUGGCUCUCACCAAGUCUGGAGUGGUCUGGACAUGGGGUAAAGGGGACUACUUCCGUCUGGGCCACGGGACUGACGUCCAUGUGCGUAAGCCUCAGAUGGUGGAGGGGCUGAGGGGGAAGAAGAUCAUCCACGUGGCCGUGGGGGCGCUGCACUGCCUGGCUGUCACCGAGACUGGACAGGUGUUUGCGUGGGGGGACAACGACCACGGCCAGCAGGGUAACGGGACCACCACGGUGAACAGGAAGCCCACCCUGGUUCAGGGUCUAGAGGGACAGAAGAUUACCCGUGUUGCCUGUGGCUCCUCCCACAGCGUUGCCUGGACCACCGUAGAUGUCACCACCCCCUCUGUCCACGAGCCUGUCCUCUUCCAGACCGCCAGGGACUCUCUAGGGGCAUCAUACUUAGGCGUCCAGUCAGACAGUGACUCCUCGGCAGUGAACAAUAAGAUGAGUGGCCACAGUAAUGGAGUUAGACCCAACCGCCCCUCUCUGGCUAAAAUACUACUGUCUCUGGAUGGGAACCAGGCCAAGCAACAGGCCCUGUCCCAUGUCCUCUCAGCCCUACAGAUCAUGUAUGCCAGGGAUGCUGUGGUUGGUGCCCUGAUGCCAGCUUGUAUGAUGGUCCCCAUGGAGUGCCCCCCCCCUGACUCCUCCUCAGCAUCCAGCCCCUCUGAGUCAGAGGGACCCCCUGUUCCCACAGAGGUGGAGGAGAGGGUCAGCCCUAACCCCUGGCAGACAGACAAGAAUGGAGAGGUGACCUCCUCAGAGGAUGCUGUCACCCCCUCGUCAGCUGUGACCCCGUCUACUGCUGCUUCCUCUCGACCUUUCAUCCCGGUCACGGACGACCCCGGAGCCGCUAGCAUCAUCGCAGAGACCAUGACCAAAACUAAAGAGGACUCAGAGUGUCAGAAUAAGACCGGGGCUCCAGAACCUCAGUACCUGGACGAGUUCACCAGUCUGCUGGUACCUGAUGAUACCAGGGUGAUGGUGGACCUGCUGAAGCUGGCGGUGUCUGUUCGCUCGGGGGAGAAGGGCAAGGAGGUGCUGUCUGCUGUGCUGUCUGGGAUGGGGACUGCCUACCCACAGGUUGCAGACAUGCUUCUGGAGCUGUGUGUCACGGAGUUAGAAGACGUGGCCACGGACUCUCAGAGCGGUCGUCUGUCCUCUCAGCCGGUGGUGGUGGAGAGCAGUCAUCCCUAUACGGACGACACCUCUACCAGCGGCACCGUCAAGAUACCUGGUGCGGAGGGACUCAGGGUGGAGUUUGACCGGCAGUGUUCUGCAGAAAGACGUCAUGACCCUCUCACCAUCAUGGAUGGAGCCAAUAGGAUCAUCUCAGUCCGAUCAGGUCGUGAGUGGUCGGACUGGUCCAGUGAGUUGAGGAUCCCAGCCGAUGAGUUGAAGUGGAAGUUUACCAGCGAUGGCUCUGUCAACGGAUGGGGUUGGCGCUUCACUGUCUACCCUAUCAUGCCUGCUGCUGGGCCCAAAGACCUCCUGUCUGACCGUUGCAUCCUGUCCUGUCCCUCCAUGGACCUGGUGACCUGCCUCCUGGACUUCAGGCUCAACUUGGCCUCCAACAGGCGUAUCGUACCCCGCCUGGCUGCCUCCCUGGCUGCCUGCGCUCAGCUCAGUGCCCUGGCAGCAGGACAUCGUAUGUGGGCUCUGCAGAGGCUCCGUAAGCUGCUGACCACAGAGUACGGCCAGUCCAUCAAUAUCACCAGGCUGCUUGGGGACAGCGAAGGAGAGUCUCGCUCCAUGAGUUUUACAGGCAGUGCGCUGGCCGCCCUGGUGAAGGGUCUUCCCGAGGCUCUCCAGAGGCAGUAUGAAUACGAGGACCCCAUCGUCAGGGGAGGAAAACAGCUGCUGCACAGCCCCUUCUUCAAGGUGCUGGUGGCUCUAGCCUGCGACCUGGAGUUGGACACGCUACCCUGCUGUGCUGAGACCCAUAAGUGGGCGUGGUUCCGCCGGUACUGUACUGCAUCCAGAGUGGCUGUCGCUCUGGACAAGAGGACUCCUCAGCCACGCCCCUUCCUGGAUGAGGUGACGAAGAAGAUCCGUGAGUUGAUGGCUGACUGUGAGGUGAUGAACGUCCUCCACGAGAGCCAUGACCUGUUUAAGAGAGAGCAGGACGAGCAGCUUGUCCAAUGGAUGAACAGGAGACCUGACGACUGGACGCUGUCUGCAGGAGGCUCCGGGACCAUCUACGGCUGGGGUCACAACCACCGGGGUCAGCUAGGGGGCAUUGAGGGGGCAAAGGUCAAGGUCCCCACCCCCACAGAGGCCCUGGCGACUCUGAGACCUGUUCAGCUGAUAGGAGGGGAGCAAACCCUGUUCGCUGUCACUGCUGAUGGAAAGUUGUAUGCUACAGGGUACGGUGCCGGGGGCCGGCUGGGUAUUGGAGGAACAGAGUCCGUGUCCACCCCCACUCUGCUGGAGUCCAUCCAGCAUGUGUUCAUCAGGAAGGUGGCGGUGAACAGCGGAGGGAAACACUGUCUAGCCCUGUCCUCUGAGGGAGAGGUCUACUCCUGGGGAGAGGCUGAGGACGGAAAACUGGGACACGGCAACAGGAGCCCGUGUGACCGUCCCCGCGUGAUAGAGUCCCUACGGGGGGUGGAGGUGGUGGAUGUAGCUGCUGGAGGGGCCCACAGUGCCUGCAUCACGGCCAGCGGAGAGCUCUACACCUGGGGCAAGGGACGCUACGGACGCCUGGGGCAUGGAGACUCUGAGGACCAACUCAAACCCAAACUGGUGGAUGCUCUGCAGGGCCACAGGGUGAUAGAUAUGGCGUGUGGUAGUGGUGACGCCCAGACUCUUUGUCUGACUGACGAUGACAUGGUCUGGUCCUGGGGCGAUGGAGACUAUGGCAAGCUUGGACGGGGCGGCAGCGACGGCUGCAAGGUCCCCAUGAAGAUUGAUUCUCUGACUGGACUGGGAGUGGUGAAGGUCGACUGUGGCUCCCAGUUCUCUGUCUCUCUCACCAAGUCUGGAGCCGUUUACACCUGGGGUAAAGGUGACUACCACCGGCUGGGUCACGGUUCUGAUGACCAUGUACGGCGACCCAGACAGGUCCAGGGCCUGCAGGGGAAGAAGGUCAUUGCCAUAGCAACGGGGUCACUCCACUGUGUCUGCUGCACUGAGGAUGGAGAAGUGUACACGUGGGGUGAUAAUGACGAGGGCCAGCUGGGAGACGGGACCACUAACGCCAUCCAGAGGCCUCGUCUUGUCGCUGCGUUGCAGGGGAAGAAGAUCAACAGGGUGGCCUGUGGCUCUGCCCACACACUGGCCUGGUCCACCUCCAAACCUUCCAAUGGGGGGAAACUACCUGGUCAGGUGCCCAUGGAAUACAACCACCUCCAGGAGAUUCCCAUCAUGUCUCUGAGGAACAGACUGCUCCUGCUGCACCACAUAUCGGAGCUCUUCUGUCCCUGUAUCCCCAUGUUUGAUCUGGAGGGCCGGCUGGGGCAGACCGCACACGGACCUGCCCUAGGGUUUAACACACUACGGGGCAUACUCAUCUCACAGGGCAAGGAAGCAGCGUUCCGGAAGGUAGUCCAGGCCACCAUGGUGAGAGACAGACAGCAUGGACCUGUAGUGGAACUCAACAGGAUACAGGUCAAGCGGUCUCGUAGUAAAGGAGGUUUGGCAGGUCCAGACGGGACCAAGUCGGUGUUUGGUCAGAUGUGUGCCAAGAUGAGCUCCUUCAGCCCAGACAGCCUGCUGCUGCCUCACCGAGUCUGGAAGGUCAAGUUUGUGGGUGAGUCUGUGGAUGACUGUGGCGGGGGCUACAGUGAGUCCAUAGCAGAGAUGUGUGAGGAGCUCCAGAACGGUCUGACCCCUCUCCUCAUCGUGACCCCUAAUGGACGAGACGAGUCAGGAGCGAACAGAGACUGUUUCCUGCUCAACCCUGCAGCCAAGUCAGCUCUGCAUAUGAACAUGUUCAGAUUCUUAGGAGUGCUCCUGGGCAUAGCCAUCCGUACCGGAUCCCCUCUCAGUCUCAACCUGGCUGAACCUGUCUGGAAACAGCUGGCUGGGAUGAACCUCACCAUCGCUGACCUUAGUGAGGUGGAUAAAGACUUUAUACCUGGCCUGAUGUACAUCAGAGACAACGAGGCCACGGCUGAGGAGUUUGAGGGCAUGACUCUCCCCUUCACAGUCCCUAACGCCAGCGGACAGGAUAUCCAGCUCAGCUCUAAAUACUCCCACAUCACCCUGGAGAACAGGGCCGAGUAUGUCCGCCUCGCCAUCAACUACAGGCUCCAUGAGUUUGAUGAGCAGGUGUCAGCUGUGAGGGAAGGGAUGGCUCGGGUCGUACCUGUCCCUCUGCUCUCCCUCUUCACAGGAUAUGAGCUAGAGACAAUGGUGUGCGGCAGUCCAGACAUCCCCCUCCACCUGUUGAAGUCAGUAGCCACCUAUAAAGGUGUUGAGCCGACCUCUCCUCUCAUCCACUGGUUCUGGGAGGUCAUGGAGUCCUUCUCCAACACGGAGAGAUCUCUGUUCCUGCGCUUCGUCUGGGGACGGACACGCCUCCCACGCACCAUCGCUGACUUCAGAGGACGAGACUUCGUUGUCCAGGUGCUGGAUAAGUACAACCCUCCGGACCACUUCCUACCAGAGUCCUACACCUGUUUCUUUCUCCUCAAGCUGCCCAGGUAUUCCUGUAAGCAGGUGCUGGAGGAGAAGCUGAAAUAUGCCAUCCACUUCUGUAAGAGUAUUGAUACAGACGACUACGCUCGAAUCGCUCUGACCGGAGAACCAGCCGCGGACAACAGCUCUGAAGACUCGGACAAUGAGGACGCAGACUCCUUCGCCUCCGACUCCACGCAGGACUACCUGACAGGCCACUGACCUCUGACCUCUGAUCCAGCUUCUCUGACUCCACGCAGGACUACCUGACAGGCCACUGACCCCUGACCUCUAACCCCUGAUCCAGCUUCUCUGACUCCACGCAGGACUACCCAACAGGCCACUGACCCCUGACCUCUAACCCCUGAUCCAGCUUCUCUGACUCCACGCAGGACUACCUGACAGGCCACUGACCCCUGACCUCUAACCCCUGAUCCAGCUUCUCUGACUCCACACAGGACUACCUGACAGGCCACUGACCCCUGAUCCAGCUUCUCUGACUCCACUCUGGACUACCUAACAGGACCCUUAAAACCCAUGACCCCUGACUCCAGGAGCCUAAGGGUGAGCAGGAAGGGCCCAUAUUAAAAGCUCAGCUGUAAAGACUAAAAUGAAAGUUGUGUCUGUGUUAGUUAAUCACCUAUGAAUACAUCAUUACAUACCUGCAUUCUACUAAAAAUAUAUAAUGUUCAAUGUGCUUUAAGAGAAGAAGAGACGGACAGACAGUGGAAUCCCAAAUGGCACCCUAAUCCCUAUCUAGCAGCUCCCGGGUCCAGUACACUACAUAGGGAAUAGAUUACCAUUUGGGAGACACCGGAAGUGAGAGCUGCACAUGUAAAUGUUGUUGUUGUAUCUGAAGUGAUGUACGUUACAGCUGUAGGUGUUACAGAGAACAGGGUGUUUCAUCUAUAGAACAGCCCCCAUUCAAAUCAAUGAUGGCGUAAUGGCUGGGCUGACUGGCGGUCCUGUCUAUAGAUUCUAUAUCUACGCUCCCAGCGCUGCUACAACUGUGACUUCUUACAGAACCUGUCUGUCCCUAGUUUGUUGUACAGUAAAACCAUGUGACAAAAUGAGUAGUAUUAUUUAGUUAUUGUUUUGGGUAACAGUAGUGUUUCUUUAUAAGAACAUUUUUAACAAAACAAGAUGUUUUACAGUUGACCGUUAUGUCAAUCAGAAGAGAAGAGAGCCAAGUGACGGGUGACUUUUUAAAGUGCGUUCCAAAUGGCACAACAUUCACUAAAUAGUGCACUACUAUACCAUAGGGCACUGGUCAAAUGUAGUGCACUACUAUACCAUAGGGCACUGGUCAAAUGUAGUGCACUACUAUACCAUAGGGCACUGGUCAAAUGUAGUGCACUACUAUACCAUAGGGCACUGGUCAAAUGUAGUGCACUACUAUACCAUAGGGCACUGGUCAAAUGUAGUGCACUACUAUACCAUAGGGCACUGGUCAAAUGUAGUGCACUACUAUACCAUAGGGCACUGGUCAAAUGUAGUGCACUACUAUACCAUAGGGCACUGGUCAAAUGUAGUGCACUACUAUACCAUAGGGCACUGGUCAAAUGUAGUGCACUACUAUACCAUAGGGCACUGGUCAAAUGUAGUGCACUACUAUACCAUAGGGCACUGGUCAAAUGUAGUGCACUACUAUACCAUAGGGCACUGGUCAAAUGUAGUGCACUACUAUACCAUAGGGCACUGGUCAAAUGUAGUGCACUACUAUACCAUAGGGCACUGGUCAAAUGUAGUGCACUACUAUACCAUAGGGCACUGAUCAAAUGUAGUGCACUACUAUACUAUAGGGCACUGAUCAAAUGUAGUGCACUACUAUAUCAUAGGGCUGCCAUUUUACACAUCUUUGACUGUGUCCUGUCUCCCCUACCCCUCCGUGUCCCCCUACCCCUCCUGACUGUGUCCUGUCUCCCCUACCCCUCCUGACUGUGUCCUGUCUCCCCUACCCCUCCUGACUGUGUCCUGUCUCCCCUACCCCUCCGUGUCUCCCUACCCCUCCGUGUCUCCCCUACCCCUCCUGACUGUGUCCUGUCUCCCCUACCCCUCCUUACUGUGUCCUGUCUCCCUACCCCUCCGUGUCUCCCUACCCCUCCGUGUCUCCCCUACCCCUCCUGACUGUGUCCUGUCUCCCCUACCCCUCCUGACUGUGUCCUGUCUCCCUACCCCUCCGUGUCUCCCCUACCCCUCCUGACUGUGUCCUGUCUCCCCUACCCUCCUGACUGUGUCCUGUCUCCCUACCCCUCCGUGUCUCCCUACCCCUCCGUGUCUCCCUACCCCUCCUGACUGUGUCCUGUCUCCCUACCCCUCCGUGUCUCCCUACCCCUCCGUGUCUCCCUACCCCUCCGUGUCUCCCCUACCCCUCCGUGUCUCCCCUACCCCUCCGUGUCUCCCCUACCCCUCCGUGUCUCCCUACCCCUCCGUGUCUCCCCUACCCCUCCUGACUGUGUCCUGUCUCCCCUACCCCUCCGUGUCUCCCCUACCCCUCCUGACUGUGUCCUGUCUCCCUACCCCUCCGUGUCUCCCCUACCCCUCCGUGUCUCCCCUACCCCUCCGUGUCUCCCCUACCCCUCCGUGUCUCCCCUACCCCUCCGUGUCUCCCUACCCCUCCGUGUCUCCCCUACCCCUCCGUGUCUCCCCUACCCCUCCGUGUCUCCCCUACCCCUCCGUGUCUCCCUACCCCUCCGUGUCUCCCCUACCCCUCCGUGUCUCCCUACCCCUCCGUGUCUCCCCUACCCCUCCGUGUCUCCCUACCCCUCCGUGUCUCCCCUACCCCUCCGUGUCUCCCCUACCCCUCCCCUGACACCAUGUGUAGACAGUGGUCCUUCCUCUGGAAUGUAUAUAGUGCCAUGUACUUAUGAAAAAGGUCUCAUUCCCACAUAAUAAAUGUUAAUAAAUGAUGUUAAAUAAAUUUAAAUGAAAACAA